AUGUUCGACUACUUGGCAACGGAACGCGUAAAACCUGAAGAAAUUCGUGGAGCAAUGGAAACGCGUGCAGCGAUGCAACGCGCAGCACGAAAUGAAAAUUCGGUCACAACCUCCGAACGUCACGGCCGUGCCAACAACGUACUCAAAGCGAUCAAUGCGUCGACAGCCAAAAUGUGGGGCAGUAAUGAGGAACGUGAUGGGUUCCAACGCAAGCUAAACACGAUGGCGUUAAUGUACGGAGAACCGUCGAUAUUUUGGACGCUGACACCGCAUUCCGAAAGAUCAAUUGCGGUCGCGUUCUGGUCGGGAUUCGACUUACCAAACGGCCGUCCCAAGGAUCUCGCAGCAUGCACGGUCGUAAAUAUGCCGAACAGCAGCAGAAUGAAACGGCUGACGAUGCAAAACACAACGCUACAGGCGCAGUACUUUCAAAUGUGCUGUACAAUUCUCAUCGACGACGUCUACGCGUCCACAACCAUGGGGGUAAUGUGGGUUGCGGGGUUACCGAAGACCAAAUCUGAUUGGCAAAACCUACUCGCUAAUUCAACGAUGCGUGUGAGAAUUGAAGAGUACUCGUGUAACCAAUGCGAACAACAGCUCACUGACACAGAUAUCGCAAGUUUCGUCAUUGAGCGCAAGUGGUGCGAACUCGACGCAGACCGUAAAUCGAUCAGUACAAGACAAGCAACUAACGCGCUUCGGUUGCGAUUCGGCAGGCUUUCUGCACACAAACCUACCGCUGACGUCCAGCUCAGCCGACUCCUGCAACACGACCAGGUGCCUGCAUACGAGCACACGUCAUCUUGUGUGAAAGGCACCUCUGGUACAGCUUGCAGCCACCAUUUUUUCCGUAACCUUGAAAAAGCAACACAGCUCACCGAUGGUGGCGAAAUGAAAUACCGACGCAGUGUCGGCAACCAGUGGCUCAACCCAUAUAUACCAAUCUGGCGACGCCUACUACAUUUUAAUAUGGACGCACGAGUUCUCUGGUCAGGCAAUAGCCUGCAAGCAAUACAAUAUGCGAUGCAGUACGCAUCGAAACGCAUCAGCCGAUUCAUGUCCCUAGCGUACUCCGCAUCGUCGGCGAUCGAAAUCGGAGGGCCGCUUGCGACGGCAAUACUUAUGGAGGGAGGCGCCGGAAAGUUCAGUUGCAAGUUUGAGCGCUUAGCACUUGUCGAGGGUCUGCAUAUGAUGGCAAAUCAAGACAUCGAGCUGUCAGUCGUUCGACAAGGCGAUCAUCUCGUGACGCAGUCAUCAAUCCGGCAUUACAUCACACGCCCGAAGUGUCUUGACAAGUACUGCUGGUACGAUUUUUGCGCAUGGUUCAAGCCAAGCACAUCCAAAUUUGCCGUGCCAGGAGACACCUGCACAUUUGCAUCCAACAAUCCAGACGUGGUCGCUUCACACGAGCGCUUGCACGGCCUUUCUCGAGUUGAGUACCCAAACGUACCAGAGAUCAUCGGCCCUCGUCUACCAGAUGCUCGUCUACUUGAAGACGUCGAACACGGCGACCAAGCAGAACUACUUUCUUGA